AUGUCCAAGCUCGUCGCGCUCGCGCGCUGGACGCAGCGCGACCUCAUCAAGCUCGCGAAAGCAGAAAACCAGCCACAGCUGUUGACCAUCCCUUACAGCCAUUACUGCGAGCUGGCCGCAUGGUCGCUGGACCGCGCAGCCAAGCCCUACCGCGAGCACGGCUACGCUCCCGGAGAGCACGUCUUACCGUCGCUGGCGCUGCGCGUCGCCGGCGCGGAAAGGCAUCUCUCGUCGACGUCGCGCGUCGACGCCAUGCCGCGCACCGCGGCGGAGGUCGGCGAGCCGCGGCCGCGGCCUCGCUCGAACGCGACGGCCGUGCCCGCGCUCGUCAUGCCCGACGGCGCCGUGCUCGCGGACAGCUGGGCCAUCGCGGAGGCCGUCCAGGGCCCCGUCGACCCGGCGCUGAAGGCCCUCCUCGACGAGGACCUCGGCCCGCUGUCGCGGCAGUGGAUCUACGAAAAACUAUUUCGCGAGGCGAACGCGAAUGUCUGGGACGACCUCGCCGGCGUCGGACGGGGCCCACUCUUCGGCGCUGCCUGGAGCGUGAUGUCGCCGCGUUUGACGGAGUCCAUGCGGCGCCUCUUCCGCACGCGAUGCGACGAAGCGAUGAAGGUCUGCGACGACCGCCUCGCGGAGACCCUCGACCGCGCCAACGGCUUCCUCGAAAAGUCCGGCGGCGAGUUUCUUGGGGGCGAUGCACCAUCCAUUUCAGAUGUGGCCAUGGCGACGCUGGCGGCUCCCCUGGUCUUGCCCGCGAAGUUCGCCCGCGGCAAAUACGCGUCGCCGUUCGAACAGCUGCUAGCCCAGGACGCCGAGAUGCAGGCGCAGGUCGAGGCCUACCGCGCCACGCCCGUCGGCGCCCACGCCCUGAAACCGCCCGCGCCGGGCCCGCCGACCGAGGGAGAAAAGGUCGAGGCGCCCCCCGCCGCCAAAUCGAAAAAUCCGGCGGUCCGCACGUCGCUCGGCAUCGAGGGCCUCGACGACGAGAGCGCCCCCCCGCUUUUGACGCCGCUCGACGCGGCGCUCCCCCCGCUCGACGGCGAGCGGCUCCCGAGGGACGCGAAGCCCUCCGGCGCCGCGGGCGCCGUCGGGUCCGGGUCGCGGUCGCGGUCCGGGUCCGAGCUCGACGGCGAGCUCCCCCCGCUCGACGGCGAGCGCAUCCCCACGGCCGCCAAGCCCCCGGGCGCCGUCGGGUCCAUCGGCGCGACGUCCGUGCCCGGCGUCGUCGGCGCGGCGUCCGUCGCCGGCGUCGUCGGCGCGGACCACAAGCGCGACAUCGGCUACCACGCGUUCUUCGGCACGGGCGACCCGAACCUGUCCGUGAAGCGCCCCUUCCUCAACGAGCCGUCGCCCGAGUCCGUCGCGUCGACGCCGCCGCUCUGGGCGCGGAAGGCGGCGGAGGACGCGCCGGAGCCGCCGACGCUGCGGUCGCUCGAGGCCGAGGUGCUCGCCGUCGUCGACGGCGCCGACGCCGGCGCGGUCCUCUGCGCGAACCUGCCCAAGCUCUACUACGCGCUCCACGGCGCGCCGCUGAACUGCGCGACGUACGGCGAGGACCGGCUCUCGGACCUCCUCGGCAAACUGCCGAACGUCUACGUCCGCGCGGAGGCGCGGGGCCGCGGGGGCACGGUGUCGCGCCGGGGCACGGGCGCCGAGGACGGCGACGUCCCCGACGCCGCGGCGCUCGAGGCCCAGGCCGCGGGGCGCUUAGCGUACCGCGCCGCGGGGGUCCACGCGAGGGUCCGCGACUGGUCGCCGAACCGGCUCCGCGAGGCCUCGGGCGCCACGGAAUCUUCCGCGGCCGAGGCGCUCUACCAGGCCGUCGCGGCGCCCGGCGACCGCGUCAAGCGCACGGGGCUGCUGCUCGCGCACGCGCGGACCGCGCCCGUGACCGCGGAACCGGAAAAGCUCCGCGCGCUCGCGGCGGAGAUCCUCGCGCUGGUCGACGAGGCCCCGGGGGGCAAGGUGCUCUCGGCGAACCUGCCGCGCGCCUACUUCCUCAAGUACCGCAAGCCCCUCGACAUGAAGGGCUACGGCGCGCUGAAGAUGUCGCGGCUUUUGACCGCGCUCGAGCCCUACGGCCUCGAGUCGUGCGGCGGCGCGACCGCGGGCGUCGGCCGGGCGGGCUCGGGCGUCGCCGACGACGGGCCCGUCGCGGACACCAUCGCGCCGCCGCCGGAGGACCUGGCGAGCCUCCGGGCCGAGCUCGAGAGCAUGCGCGGCGCGGGCGACGCCGAGGAGCUCGGCCGCACGGUCUUCGUCCGGGGCCUGCCCUGGACCGCGGAGGAGGCCGAGGUGCGGUCCUGGAUGGCGCGAAACGGGCCCGUCGCGUCCCUCGUGCUGCCCCUGAACCGCGGCGACGGCCGGCCGUCCGGCACGGCCUUUGUGGUCUUCGAGGCGCCCGCGGGCGCCGAGAAGGCCUGCGCCGCCCUGGGCCUCACCCUCGGCGGCGGCGAGUUCUUCCCGGGCACGAAGCGCCGGGUCACGGCCGUCAUGGCGGACCGGCCGUGCCCGACGCGGCGGCGGGAGUCCGGAGGGAUCCGCGACGAGGACGGGCGCCGCGUCCAUGACACCGGCGGGACCGUCAAGCCGGCCGUCGCGAAGCCGCCGAAGCAGGGCAAGACCAUCGACCCCGCGGGCUGCGACGCGUCGCCGGCGGAGCUCGCGCGGCUCGCGGCCCAGAUACUCGCGCUCUGCGACGCGGCGCGAUCGGGCCGCGUGCUGCUCGGGAACCUCCCGGGCGACUACAAGAAGGCCUACGGCGCCCCGAUGCCGAGCCACGGCGUCAAGGCGAAGACGCUCAUGGCGCUGCUGCCCGGCGUCGCCGUGGGCGGCUACGACCCGUCGCACGUGGACCCCGACAACCGCUGGGCGCGCGCGCACGUGAGCCGCGACGACGGCGCGGGCGCCGCGGCGCCGCCGCCGCCGCCCGCGCGGCGGCCCGCGCCGACGGCGGGCGACGCCGAGACGCUGGGCCGCACGGUCUUCUGCCAGGGCCUGCCCUGGACCGCGGAGGAGGCCGACGUGCGGUCCUGGAUGGCGGGCUGCGGGCCCAUCGCGUCGCUCGUCAUGCCGCUGAACAAGCACGACGGCCGGCCGUCCGGCGUGGCCUUCGUCGUCUUCGAGGCGCUGGCGGGCGCCGAGGCGGCCUGCGACACGCUGCACGGCGAGUUUUUCCCGGGCAGCGAGCGCUGGGUCAAGGUCGCCAAGUCGGAGCGGCCGUGCCCGCCGGCGCGGCGGGAGCGCGCGUCCUCCAACGCGAGCCGCGACGACGGCGCGGGCGCCGCGGCGGCGGCGCCGCCGUCCGCGCGGCAGCCCGCGCCGACAGCGGCCGACGCCGAGGAGCUAGGCCGCACGGUCUUCGUCCAGGGCCUGCCCUGGGCCGCGGAGGAGGCGGAGGUGCGGUCGUGGAUCGCGCGCGCCGGGCCCAUCGAGUUUCUCGCGAUGCCGCGGGAUCGCACGGGCCGGCCGUCCGGCUACGCCUUCGUCGUCUUCAGGAAGCUGGCGGGCGCCGAGGCGGCCUGCGACACGCUGCACAAGGAGUGCUUCCCGGGCAGCGAGCGCUGGGUCAAGGUCGCAAAGUCCGACCGGCCGUGCCCGGAGUACGGCAAGCGGAAGGGCCCGUCCAAGUGGACCCCGACCCCGUGCACGGCGUCGCCGGCGGAGCUCCGGGCCCUCGCCGACCAGGUGCUCGCGCUCUGCGACGCGGCCAAGACGGGCGCGGUCCACCUCUCGAACCUCCCGGCCGCCUACGAGAAGGCCUACGGCUCGAAGAUGCCGCAGCACAAGUUACGGAUGAAGCCCCUGCUGGACCUGCUGCCCGGCGUCGCGCUGGGCGGCUACGAGCCCGACCACGAGAACCCCUGGGCCGGCGCGUGCGUGCUCCGCGCGCCCGCGGCGGACGCGGCCGCGGCGCCCGCGGCCGCCGCCGCGCCCGCCGCCGCCGCGUCGCCCAAGGCCAAGCGCGGGUCCACGAAGAAGGACGCCGAGGCGGUCUGCACGGCGACGCCGGCGGAGCUCCAGCAGCUCGCCGACGAGGUGCUGGCCCUCUGCGACGCGGCGCCGAACGGCCGCGUGCAGCAGAGCUCGCUCGGCGCCGAGUACCGCAAGGCGUACCCCGGGAAGGACUUCCCCUCGUACGGCCUCCGCAUGAAGCACCUCCUGGCCGAGCUGCCCGGCCUCGACAGCCUCUUCGUGCCCGGCGUCACCAAGGGCGGCAACGCCUGGCUGAGCCGCGCGGGCGGCGCGCUCGAGCGCGACACCUUGCUCGAGCGCGGCGCGGCCGCCUUCGACGAGACGCAGGUCGGCGUCGAGGCGUUCAAGGCCAAGCGCGCCGCGAAGCAGCGCGCCAAGGAGCGGGCGCCGAGGAGCGGGCGCGAGACGGCGGCCCGGAUCCAGGCGCGGACCAUGCGCAUCCGCAACCUCACGCCGAGCGGCCAGCCCCGGGGCUUCGGCACGGCCGGCGCGGACGUCGCGCUCGAGCGGAAUCUGUGGGCCUUCUUCGCGCGCGUGAAGCGCGACACGAUGGUCGAGCGCAUCCACGCCAUGGCGGCCUCCGGCACGGGCUACGUCGCCUUCACGGACGCGGCGAGCAUGGCGCGCGUCACCGGCGAGCUCCAGCGGUCGAAGAUCCAGAUCCUCCGCGACUGCGACGACGUCGCCUACGAGGGCGCCCCGGACCUCCCGCCGGCGAUGCUCGCGGACAUCCAGGCCAACAACGCCAUGCUGGAUGCCAUGUGGCGCCCCGGGUCGACGGCGCGCGUCGCGCCGCCCGGCGCGUCGAAGCGCACGGUCCAGGCGCGCACGACGGCGCCCGUGUCCUCGUCGCGGCGCGGCGGCGCGCGGCCGACGACGGCGCCGGCGAGCGUGCCGACGCCGUCGAAGUGCCUGGCGACGAGGACGCCCGCGUGGACGAGGAACCGGCGCGCCGCGGGCGCCGCGGGCGGCGACGCCGGCGGCGAGAGCGCGGGCGGCGGCGCCGCCGACGUCGCCGGCGCGGGCGCGGGCGCCGCGGGCGACGGCGGCGCGGCGCCGUGCAUCAAUUUUCUCGGCUACGUCUCCUACAGCGCCUACACGAUCUGCCUGCGCUUCGACGGGCCGACGCGCCGCGCGUACCACGAGGCCUUUGGGCGCGCCGCCGACCUCGUCGCGCUGCCCGACGUGUGCUUCGCGCUCCACGGCUGCGCGCUCACGGUCGCGCAGAUCGUCCAGUGCUUUUUCUACGAGCGCGGCGACCAGGGGCUGUCGCGGCCCUGCGUCGGCGCCGUCGCGGCGCUCGCGGGCGCGUCGGCCGCCUACGGCGCGGUCGUCGCGUUCCGCGGACGGGACACGGGGCCGGCCAGCUGGCUCGACUUCCUCUACUGGCUCUCCGUGCUCAAGCUCGGCAUCACCACGAUCAAGUACGUCCCGCAGGUCCUCCUGAACCGGAGGCGCCGGUCGACGACGGGCUGGUCCAUCGCGAACGUGCUCAUGGACCUGCUCGGCGGCACGCUGUCCGUGGCGCAGGUCGUCCUCGACGGGUCGACGGUUGGCUGGGGCGGCGUCCUGCGGGACCCCGUGAAGUUCGGGCUCGGCCUCCUCAGCUUCGUCUACGACGGCAUCUUCAUCGUCCAGCACUACGUCCUCUACCGCGAGGCGCCGGCCGCGCCGGACGUCCGCUUCCACGGGGCCGCGGACGCGCUCCUCGAGCGGCCGCGGAGGCCCGGGCCCGACGGCGUCAUCCACCCGCAUCUAUUUGCGCGCCGCACGACGAUGCCCGGCGGCUGGGGCGGCUUCGCGCGCGGCUGGACCAAGUCCGACGAGGACGACCCCGACGUCUUCACCUACCCGGACAAGCUGCUCCACGAGCUCUUCUACGAGCAGGCGGCGAAGACGCCCGACAGCGUCGCCGUCGUCGACGGCGACCGGUCCCUCACGUACGCGGAGCUCGCGGACCAGGCGCGGACGCUCGCGACGUUCCUGCGCAAGGAGGGCGUGAAAGAGAACGCCGUCGUGCCCAUCUUCAUGCCGCGCUGCCUCGAGUUCGCCGUCUCCUACAUCGCGGCGCUCAGCGCCGGCGGCGCGUACGCGCCGCUCGAGGUCGGCUAUCCCGCCGACAUGCUGCGGCGCGUCAUCAAGGAGUGCAAGCCCGCGCGCGUCAUCACGCUGAGCUCCCACGAGGGCCGCCUGCCGGACGACGCGCCGCGCAUCUGCCUCGACGCGGGCUGGCAGAAGCGCUGCGUCGUGACGGCCGCGGAGGCCGCGGCGCUGCCGCCGGUCACCACCCACAUGGACUCGCUAGCCUACGUCGUCUACAGCAGCGGCACGACGGGCGCGCCCAAGGGCAUCACCUGCCCCCACCGCGGCUCCGUGCUCUCCUACAACCACCGCGCCUGGGCCGCGCCCUACGAGAAGACGGGCGAGCGCGAGGCGUGCAACGUCUUCUUCGUCUGGGAGAUGCUCCGGCCGCUGCUCCGCGGCGCGACGCUCGUCGUCAUCCCCGACACGGUCAUCUACGACCCGAAGCAGCUCGCGGAUCUGCUGGAGAAGGAGAAGGUCACGCGCAUGCUCUUCACGCCGUCGCUGUUGGAGGCCGUGCUCGACUCGCCCGCGCUCGACGGCGCGGCGCUGAGGCGCGCGCUCGCGUGCUUCCGCGCGGUCGUCCUCUGCGGCGAGGUCGUCACCGCGGAGCUGCGGUCCCGCGUCCUCGCCGUGGCGCCGCCGGGCAUGAAGCUGCUGAACCUCUACUCCAUCUCCGAGACGCACGACGUGUCGAUGCUCGAUCUCGCGAUCGCGCCGGAGCCCGACGGCAAGUACUGCUCCACGGGGCCCCUGCUCCCGGGCGUCGAGGUGCUCAUCAUGACCGACGCGAACAACGUCGAGAAGCACGGCAAGGCCCAGGACCGCGCCGAGGGCAAGAAGGAGCUCUCGCCCGUGCCGCUGGGCAUGGAGGGCGAGAUCUUCGUCGCGGGGCCGACGCUCGCGCGCGAGUACCUGCUGCGGCCGGACCUCAACGCGAAGCGCUUCCCGCCGCGGCCGGCGAACCUGCCCGUGGCGCCCCAGACGCCGGGCCAGGACGUCGGCAACCCGAAGCUCUACGACCGGCUCUACGACACGGGCGACUGGGGCCGGCUCCGGCCCGACGGCACGCUCGAGAUCCUCGGCCGCCACGACUCCAUGCAGAAGAUCCGGGGCUAUUCGGUGGAGCUCCGGGCCGUGGAGACGGCGCUGCUCCAGUGCGCGAACGUCACGUCCUGCGUCGUCAAGGCCGUCGGCGCCGAGGGCACGGACAAGCACAUCGCGGCCUUCGUCGUCUUCGACGCGCCCGAGGGCCAACGCGACGUCGAGGCGCUCGGCCGCGCGGCGCGCGACGAGCUCAAGGCGGCGCUGCCGCACUACAUGGUGCCGUCGUUCGUCGUGCCCAUGGAGGAGCUCCCGACGCACCCCAUCUCGGGCAAGCUGAACCACGCGGCCUUUCCCAAGACGCUGCCGGGCCUCCUCGACUUCGCGGAGGCGGAGCGCAAGACGCUGGGCCUCGAGUCGGCGCAGAACGCCUUCGCGCUCCACGGCGAGACCGAGGCCUUCGUCGCCGAGCUCUGGGCGGAGGUGCUGGAGCUGCCCAUGGCCAUGGUCGACCCGGAGGAGUCCUUCUUCGACAUGGGCGGCCACAGUCUGCGCGCGACGAAGCUCGUCGCCAGGCUCAACGCGCGCGAGGGCGUCGACGUCAAGGUCGCGGCGCUCUUCGAGCGGCCGACGAUCCGGGGGCUCGCCGCGUUCAUCGCGGGCGGCGGCAAGGCGACGAAGGCGGCGCCCCUGCCCUUUGCCGCCGUGCAGAAGGAGCUCGACGCCUUCGACGCCAAGGCCCCCGAGGGCUUCGACAUCGCGCUCCGCGCGUACUGGCACGGCGUGUCGCUCGCGACGAAGCGCGUCGACAGCCAGCAGAACCUCGCGGCCGCGGACGGCGACGACGCCGCCGCCGCGAAGCGGCCCCUCGAGGGCGAGGCCGUGCUCCUGACGGGCGCGACGGGCUUCCUCGGCGCGCACCUGCUCCGCGAGCUCCUCGCGAACGAGAAGGUGCGCACGGUCUUCUGCUUGGUCCGGGCGUCGGCGUCCGAGACGCCCCUGGAGCGCGUCAUCGGCACGCUCGAGAAGUACGGUUUGUGGCGCGAGGCCGCGGGCUGGGCGUCGCGCAUCGAGGGCGUCGAGGGCGACCUGUCGCUCGAGCGGCUCGGCCUCGUCACGGACCACUACCUCUACCUCGCCACCGUCGUCGACCGCGUCGUCCACUGCGCGGCCAAGGUGAACCUCGUCUUCCCCUACGACGGCCUCCGCAAGGACAACGUCACCUCUACCAUGCGCGUGCUCCACCUCGCGAUGGACCACAAGGUCAAGCCCGUGACCUACGUCUCGACGGACGCGGUCUUCCCCAUGGCCGGCGGCCCCCACGCGGAGGACGGCGCGGACCUGCUCGAGACGCUGGGCUCGCUCGAGAACGGCUACGCCCAGUCCAAGGCCGUCGCCGAGCUCCUCGUGAGGCACGCGGCGAAGCGCGGCCUCCCGACGGUCGUCGUCCGCCCGGGCAACCUCGGCGGCGCGGACCCGCGCAACGCGCCGGCGCCGGGCGACGACCGCGACCCCAACGAGGCCCGGGCCCUCAGCGUGAGCCGCCAGUCGCGCGUCGACGCCGCGCAGCAGGUCGUCGCGGCGCUUACGGCCGCGCAAAAGGCCGCGAAGCCCAAGACGACGCUCCGCGAGAAGAUCCUCCGCGCGGGCUGGAACACGAGCGACUCGAACCUGCUCUACGUCGCGGGCAUGGCCUGGCUCGGCAUGGCGCCGUCCGUCGACGGCUGGCGCUGCGAGCUCACGCCCGUGGACUUCGCGGCCAAGUCCGUGCUCUGCGCCGCGGGCGACAAGGCGUCGAACGGCAAGGCCUUCAACCUCGUCAACGGCGCGACGCUGCCCAUGGGCGCCGUCGUCGACGCCCUGCGGUCCUGCGGCGUCGCCGUCGAAGCCGUGUCCUACGAGGCCUUCCGCAAGGCGCUCGAGCGCGGCGCGGGCCAGGACGGCGACGUCGCGUCUGCGCUCCUCCAGCCCCUCUGGAAGCUCGUCGAGCCCCUGGAGACGCCGGAGGCUUUAGCGGCCAACGACGCCCACGCGUCCUUCGACAACGGCGCGCUCCGGGCGCUCGCUUUGCGCCGCGGCGCGGGCGCGUACCCGCCGCUCGACGUGCCCCUGGUGCGCGAGUACGCGUACCACCUCCUCGAGGCGGGCGUGCUGCCGCCGGCGCAGGCCACGAACGGCCAGACGUUGCGGGGCGAGGUCGCCUUCGUCACGGGCGCGUCGGGCGGCAUCGGCGCGGCCAUCGCGCGCGCGCUCGGCGCCGCGGGCUGCGACGUGUGCCUCGCCGCGCGCCGCGAGGACCGCGCGGCCGCGCUGGCCAAGGAGAUCGCGAGUUUGCACGGGUGCCGCGCGGUCGCCGUGGCCUGCGACGUCACGUCGCGCCGGGCCGUCAAGGACGCGGUGGCCGCGUGCGCGCGCGCGCUCGGCCCUCCGUCGAUCCUCGUGAACAACGCGGGCGUCAUGCACUACACGCUCAUGCGCAACGGCCACGAGGACGAGUGGGAGCAGGCCGUCGACGUCAACUGCAAGGGCGUGCUCAACGGCAUCGGCGCCGUGCUGCCGGGCAUGCUCGCGCGCGGCAAGGGCCACGUGCUCUCCGUGUCGUCGGACGCGGGCCGCAAGGCCUUCGCGGGCCUCGCGGUCUACUCGGGCACCAAGUUCUUCGUCGAGGCCGUGUCCCAGGGGCUGCGCGCCGAGACGGCGGGCACGGGCGUCAAGGUGACGACGGUGCAGCCGGGCGACACGAAGUCGAACUUGAAGAGCUGCACGACGGACGAGGAGGCGCGCGCGCUCUACGCGCAGCCCUCCGAGGACCGCAACCUCUGGCUCGACCCCAACGACGUCGCGCGCACCGUCGUCUGGGCCCUCUCCCAGCCCCCGCACGUCGCCGUCAACGAGAUCCUCGUCGAGCCCCGCGACGCGCCCGCCUAG